AUGGUCAACUCCUGUUGUGGCUCUGUCUGCUCUAACCAGGGCUGUGGCCAAGGCUGCUGCCAGACCACCUGCUGCAGGACCACCUGUUGCCGCCCCAGCUGCUGUGUGUCCAGCUGCUGCCGCCCCAGCUGCUGUGGUUCUUGCUGCUGUCGCCCCAGCUGCUGUGGUUCCUGCUGCUGCAGGCCCACCUGCUGCAUCUCUAGCUGCUGCCGCCCCUCCUGUUGUGGCUCCGUCUGCUCUGACCAGGGCUGUGACCAAGGCUGCUGCCAGGAGACCUGCCUCUGCCCCAGUUGCUGUGUGUCAAGUUGCUGCAGGUCCCACUGCUGCCAAUCUGUGUGUUGCCAGUCUACCUGCUGUCGCCCCAGUUGCUGCAUCUCUAGCUGCUGCUGCCACCCCAGCUGUUGUGGCUCCAGCUGCUGCCGCCCCUGCUGCUGCCCCUGCUGCUGCCUCCGCCCAGUCUGUGGCCAGGUCUCCUGCCACACCAAUUGCUAUCGCCCCACUUGUGUCAUCGCCACCUGUCCCCGCCCCAUGUGCUGCGCCUCCUCUUGCUGCUGA